GCUUCCUCUCCUCAGAGUACUCUAGCGCACGCCACCGCCGCCGACUAGCGCCGCCCAAGCCGCCUCCACUCCGCCGAGGCCGGGCACGCCCGCCAGCCCAGCUUCCGCCGGUGCCUAGACGCCUCGGAUUCCUCUCUGCUAGCACUAGGCUCCCUCGCCCUCCGCUCUACCGGGAUGGCGUCGAGUGGGGAUCCGCCUGGAUCUGCUGAUGAGAAGAAAAGUCCAAAACCAGAAGGGUCAUCCAACGAACAUCAAGGGCUUCCUCCAGCAGGCUUUUCGAAUCCUUUCGAUUUUGCUUCUAUGCAAAGUUUGCUAAAUGAUCCAUCUAUCAAGGAGAUGGCAGAUCAAAUUGCAAGGGAUCCUGCAUUCAACCAGAUGGCUGAGCAGCUACAGAAAGGUGCUCAGAGUACAGGAGAACAGGGAAUGCCUCCAUUGGACCCUCAACAAUACAUGGAAACAAUGCAAAAGGUCAUGGAAAACCCCCAGUUUAUGACAAUGGCUGAGCGUCUGGGGAAUGCUCUUAUGCAGGAUCCUGCUAUGUCCAGUAUGCUGGAAACCUUUAGUAGUCCAUCACACAAGGAGCAGCUGGAAGAGCGUAUGUCCCGCAUUAAGGAAGAUCCAGCUAUGAAGUCAAUUCUCGAUGAGUUAGAGAAUGGGGGUCCUGCUGCAAUGAUGAAGUACUGGAACGACCCUGAUACACUUCAAAAGAUUGGCCAGGCAAUGGGAGGUAGCUUCCCAUUUGGUGCUGGUUCUUCUGCUGAACCUUCUGGUACUGAAGAAGCUGAGGAGGAAGGUGGGGAUGAAGAUGAAUCCAUUGUUCAUCACACAGCCAGUGUUGGUGAUGAUAAGGGUCUGAAGAAGGCACUGGAUGGUGGAGCAGACAAGGACGAAGAAGACUCCGAGGGAAGAAGGGCCUUACAUUUUGCAUGUGGGUAUGGUGAGUUGAAGUGUGCCCAAGUCCUUCUUGAGGCCGGUGCCGCAGUGGAUGCUUUGGACAAGAACAAGAACACCCCUCUGCACUAUGCUGCUGGCUAUGGGCGCAAGGAGUGUGUCGAUCUUCUCUUAAAGCAUGGUGCUGCUGUCACGCUCCAAAACAUGGAUGGGAAGACGCCCAUCGAUGUCGCCAAGCUCAACAACCAGGACGAGGUCCUCAAGUUGCUCGAGAAGGACGUCUUCCUCUAAACCCCAUGGCCUUCAUAUAGACAAAAUAGGCUCUUGGUUCCAGUACAAUCAUGUUUCACAUCUGUUGACUUUGCUUUGCUCGGAUGGUUAAUACUCCGUAUCAGCAUUUUUACCUUGUUCUGUGUAAGAAUUCAUGGUACAGUCAAGGGGGCAGCUAUUAGAACUACUGCCCUGUUAUGUUAUGUUCUCACGGUGGCUUGUGUACCCCUUUAUUUAUUUCUGUUGUUUUCACGAUAGAAAUUGGGAUUAUAUUAUGAACACUGUUAUAUAUGUUCAUGCCCCAGCACUA